CCCCGCCCACCCACGGGCCGGCGCUGAAGGGGCGGUGCCGCUGCCCGGGCACAGGUGCGGCGGUGUCGGCGGUGUCGGCGUCGCGGGCGGGUGCGGAGCGCCCUCCUCCCGGCGGGGGAUGUUCCGGCCGCCGGGGGCGCGCCGCCCGUGGGAAGCGCGCUCCUAACGCCACCUGGGCGUCGCAGGGAGCGCUCGGCUCGGAGCGGGCUGCGUGGGGUCUCCGGGAACCGGGCAGAUCUUUAUGGUUAUGGCAAAGUCUUUCAUCGGACGAUGGUAUAAUGGACUACCAGUUGGAUGACAUACAGUCUUUUGAAACAUGAUAUAUACUUCUCUUCCGUGUCUGUGCCUACAUGCUGACACAGUACCAGUUUUGUUUCCAAAAGAGGAGUUCACAGAAUUACAGUGUCUGAUCCAACUAGCUGCUCUGAUGAUCCUCACUGGACCAUGUAGAUUAUGUCAGAGAGCCACAAUGAUCAUGCAUAACAACAGUUCAUCCUCGCUGCUUUUACCAAAUGUGAGCUCCUUCUGGAAGAGAGAUUCACAUGGACCAGGACUCCUUGAUGAAGCAGCAUCACUCAUUGGCAGCUAUGAUUUCCCUCAGACCACAGAGAGUUUUCCUUUCUCCACUUUGGAAUCAACAAACAUGACCCUAAAUGCCACAAGCAAAGACCCUCUGGGUGGACACACUAUCUGGCAAGUAGUUUUGAUUGCUUUCCUCACUGGGAUCCUUGCACUGGUGACCAUCAUAGGAAACAUCUUAGUGAUUGUUGCAUUUAAGGUCAACAAACAACUGAAAACAGUCAACAACUACUUCUUGUUGAGCCUUGCUUGUGCAGACUUGAUCAUCGGUGUUCUUUCCAUGAAUCUUUAUACUACAUACAUCAUCAUGGACCACUGGGCUUUGGGAAGCUUGGCCUGUGAUCUUUGGCUCUCCAUUGACUAUGUCGCCAGUAAUGCCUCUGUCAUGAACCUCCUUGUGAUAAGUUUUGACAGGUAUUUUUCCAUCACUAGGCCACUGACAUACAGAGCCAAACGAACAACCAAAAGGGCUGGGGUAAUGAUUGGUUUAGCAUGGAUUGUCUCUUUUGUUCUUUGGGCUCCUGCCAUCUUGUUUUGGCAGUAUUUCGUUGGGGAGAGGACUGUGCCUCCUGAUGAAUGUUUCAUCCAGUUUCUAACUGAACCUAUCAUCACUUUUGGCACUGCCAUCGCUGCCUUUUAUUUGCCGGUCACCAUUAUGAGUAUUUUGUAUUGGAGGAUCUACAAGGAGACGGAGAAACGCACCAAAGAGCUGGCAGGGCUACAGGCUUCGGGCAGCGAAGCAGAGGCAGCGCGCUUCGUGCACCAGACAGGCAGCUCCCGGAGCUGCAGCAGCUACGAGCUGCAGCGGCAGAACAUGAAACGCUCCGCCCGAAAGAAAUACAGACGCUGCCACUUCUGGCUCACAAUGAAGAGCUGGGAGCCCAGCACAGAUCAGGGGGACCAAGAGCAUAGCAGCAGUGACAGUUGGAACAACAAUGAUGCUGCUGCCUCCCUUGAAAAUUCAGCCUCCUCUGAUGAAGAAGACAUUGCUGCAGAGACCAGAGCCAUCUAUUCAAUCGUGUUGAAGCUUCCUGGUCACAGUGCUAUCCUCAAUUCCACAAAACUACCCUCCUCGGAAGAUUUGCAUGAGUCAGGGGAUGAACUGCAGAAAUCUGACACAGAAUCGAAGGAAAAGAAAACUAAAAAAUUGCACCCUCCCAAAGGUGUUCAGGAUGGUGGAAAUUUCCAAAAGAGCUUUACUAAGCUUCCAAAUGAACCAGAAUCAGAAGAGACAACCACAGCUUCUGAUGGCAUCUCAUCAGUCACCAAGACAUCGACAGCCCUGCCCUUAUCCUUUAAGGAAGCAACCCUGGCAAAAAAGUUUGCCUUGAAGACCAGAAGUCAGAUCACAAAACGAAAACGAAUGUCACUUAUCAAAGAAAAGAAAGCAGCACAGACACUCAGUGCCAUUUUGUUUGCCUUCAUCAUUACCUGGACCCCGUAUAACAUCAUGGUUCUGGUGAACACCUUUUGCAGCUGUAUCCCCAAAACUUUCUGGCACCUGGGGUAUUGGCUUUGCUACAUCAAUAGCACAGUGAACCCCAUGUGCUAUGCACUGUGUAACAAAACAUUCAGAAACACUUUCAAGAUGCUGCUGCUGUGCCAGUGUGACAAGCGAAAGCGACGCAAACAGCAGUAUCAGCAAAGGCAGUCCGUCAUUUUUCAUAAGCGGAUCCCUAGGGAGGCUUCAUAGAAUAGUAUUUUUUAAACAAAUAAAAAAAUAACGAAGCAGGGAUGUCAUGGGAUGGGAUAGGACAGAACAGGAUGGCACGGAACAGGGCAGGAUGGGCAAGAUAGUAAGGAAUGAGACAGGAUGGGUUGGGGCAGGAAGGUGGUUCUAGGGUGCUGAUUCUAUGAUUUAAACACCAAGACAUGAAAGCAGCUGCCAGGCUUAUUUAUCCUUUCAAUAAAUCCAGUUUAAUAUAAAAGUCAAUCCACAUUCAGCAAAAACUAAGAAACUUCAACAUUUUUAUUAAGGAGUGAAAGAUUUAAUAAAGUUUUCCUACAAAUUUGUGAGAAGCUGUAUAGCAAUUAUAAACACAUUACUGAUCUGCCCAGCUCUUUGAUUAUAAUCAACUCUGGGAUCUCAGGUAAGCACAUUUAGCUAGCCCAACUCUUCUUUUUCCAAGGAAUCCAACAACUUUCAAUUCAAGUUACAUACAGAUAUAGCAAAGCUAGUGAAACAGGAUUAUGAAAUUAUUUGACAUACUGUAUAGGUUGAAAAAUUACCUCUUGUUGUCCUGGUAGAGCUUCCUGUCUACUUCUCUUCUGAUAUAUUGCUAAUUGUACCCGUGAUUCCUGAUUUCUGAGUAUCUAUGUGUGCAGCUGAUGUUAUAUGUGUGUGUGUGAGUGUGUAUGCAUGCAUAGCAUACAUUCACACCUCUGACAUACACACAUACCAGGAAAGAGGUGGCCUAUUGUUCUAGGUUUUACAGGGCCCUCCAUCAUGAUUACAUGUGAUUGAAACUUUUUAAAUGUCUGAAAAUCACGUUAUAAGUAUGUAGCUCAUUAUUUGCCGCCAGAAAUUCAACUUUAUCUCUGGAACCAAAACACAGUGUCCACAUUUCAAACUAAGAAAACCAAAACAUAGCCUGUGAGUUUACAGAGUUUUAUAAUUGGGUACUUGCACAGUAAAACCUUAAUCUUGAGCACAGAAUCUCUUUUCAAAGUGAUCAUUCCUUUUUAAAAGAUACAAAGGGGAAAGGAAUUGAAGGUUACAUUCAGGGAAGAGCGUGAAGAUGUCUUGGCAGGGCAUAGAAUGAUGAGAAGCCAGAUCUGGGAUGCACAGUACCAAUGCUCAAAGGGAGCUGCUCAGGAGCCAGGUAGGUGCAACCAUCAGCAGCAGCCCUGUGUCCUGCUGGGGGGGCUGUGCUGCUGUCGAAGCACACAUGGCUCCUGCAACACCUUGUCCUGAGCUGCACCGUGGGGAUGCACCACUCUUCUCAGAGCCAGCUCAGAUCCUGUGUGUAGUAUUGCUACGGCUUCUGAUGAAAGUUCAAGUUGCAAUUUUCUGACAAAAGUUGGUGGAGCCCUGCUGCUUGCACUGUCUGCCCAGGUGAUCUUCAGAUGCAAAUGAUUUGUUUCAAAGAAAUGGUUUAUUUUUGCAUGUGAAGGAUGCUCACUAAAACAUGUUUGUUUUCCACAACCUGUUUUAAAAAUCAUCAGGAGAAGUGCUCCUAAAUCCGUUUGACACCAGGUCAUUCAGUGGUGUGAAAAAUGUGAUAUUGCCAAUUUGUAACCUGGCAAUUUUUGAUAAAGACAAUUUUAAAAGGGCUUUAAUAUUUAUAGUUUAGACAUGACCAGUAUUUCCUGGUAUUUGUGAGGUGGUCUGCACCAAAUAUGAUUUGUAAAAGUCAGAGGUCCCCUGGGGAAAGGAUUGUACUUUAAACUGUUGCUCUAAAUCUGAUUUAGUUACAUGUUGAAAGAUUAUUUUGUAUUCUCCUUUGAGCUGACCAAAACUUUUUUUUUUUUAUUGCUUAGACUUAUUUUGCUGAAAAUAAAACAAGUAUCUUAUUUUACAAAGGGGCAUCAGUGUUGUGAACACAGAACUGAUGUUAAAGCUGCUUUUGUAUUCAGUGUGAGAUGGUGUUUACAGAUGAUUUUGACAACAGUGGAAAUAUAUUAAAUGGUGUCUGUGUAUCUGAACUAUUUAAUUUUGUGUUAUGUUCAUAUAAAGAAAUAUUUAUACAUAUUUCACCGAAUGUUUUAUUUAAUGUUGAUAAAUAUUGCUCUUCAGUCUUCAGCUGUAGUGUCCUUUUAAAGUGAUUCAUAAAGGUCUGCUUGAGAAAUGAAUAGAUUAUACCUAGCUUUCUUAUCACUAAAACAAAUUCUCUUUUGUAUGAGUUGUUUAAAAUGUCUACUCUAAAGUAAUCUCAUAAAUUUUAUUGAAACUCUACUGCAAGUACAAUUUUAGUACAACCAAGAAAAAACUUAAAACUUCAUCUAUGUCACAAUUGCAUUUUGAACUAAAGAUACCAGAAUUGCUUUGCUGGUUUUCUAGCCACAUACAAAGGCACCCAUGUUGCAAAGAAAAUUAAUUACCUUUAUUUAUAGAAAGAAGCAUAUAUUUGAAAUAUAUUCAUUACUCAAGUUGACCUAAAACUGUUUUACCAUUUAAAUAUAUAUCUAUAUCUAUAUAUAUUGCCAUAUUAUUAUAUUCUGAUAUCUAGAGUAGUGCUGUGCCCCUACACACAAAAUGUGAGAGCAUGUAAGGAAGCCAGAGUUCAUCGGGGGAUUUAUGGUAUAUUAGUAUUGAUUUUAAAAUGGGAAACUAUUAUUUUCAUUGAAGUUAAGCUUCCUUGAAAGCGUCUGUCACCACUGUUUACAUAAUAGGAAGAGUUAAAUCCUUGGAUUGUUCUAAUAGAGAAAUAAACAACCUGUUUUUUGAUGUGUGAACAGGCUUUAAAAUGUUAUUUACAGGCAUCAUAAAAUGUGUAUGUACACACAUAUUGUAGCAUAGAUCAAUUAAUUAUUAUUUAUUUAAUGGAAUAUGCACUAUAAAAUAUAAGAAUUUGGCUGUGUUACAAGUACAGUGGGCAUCAAUUUAAUUUGUAUUUUAUAUGUUGCUGUAUUUGCUUUAAACCCAUGCACACAAAAAUUUUAGAUGUAUGCACUAGUGGAUAUAUUAUUUAUGAACACAGGCACACGUAAUAGGUUGCAGAAGAAGAACAACGCAAGACCAAUGACACUGAAUUACUUUUAGGAAGUACACUUGUGUAAUAUUUCAUCUCUUUUGAGGAAAAUUAAGUCAGAAACACAGCAGAAAGCAUCAUUCUGAUGGCGGACAAACAGCCCAGUCCCAUUAACUCUCCUCACAGCACUGAAAGCUGGCUUUUCAGAGACCAGUCUCUGUUAAUUGCAAUAAUACAAGAUUAGACUCCAUAUGAAAAGGACCAAAAAGUCAAAAGCGAUAGCCAGACAGGAGCCAAUGGGUAGUCUGGAGAAAGCUUUGUACAAUAGACCCCAAUCACUGUCAACCUCUGAACAGGCAACAAAAUACAUUAUAAUAUAUGUUUGGAUUUUUCAGUGUGAAAUUGUGAUAGAAGUUUAUUACUUCUGACUGGUAUAGGCAGUGAGAGAUGUGUGAUCUGAAGAUCUGAGGGCAGGGGCCAUGGUGCAUGGAGCACUUUUUCCUACUCCUGCAUAACACACUUUCAACAAAAGUAAACUGCAAAUCAGUCUGGCACUGUUCUAAAGCUAAACAAAUGUAGGAAAGGCCUGAGUAGUUACCAGGAUCUAAACCUGUGGAUCCGUGUAACCUAAACAAUGAAUAGCCUACAGGGUUCUGGCAGUAGGAGUAUGCACACAGAUAUUCUGAGAGAGUUGGUGAAUUUUCUCAAUUAUGUACAGCUCCAUUUUCUUACUUUGCUGUCUUGAUUAUUAUAUUUCUUUACUUACUCUGCAAGAAUAGUCUAAAAAGUCUUGGUUCAUUAUUAAGCUUAUAUAUCUAAAAAAGUGAGUAGAGAUCCCAAAGUACACUUGGUUUGCCUGUACAGAAUGCAAACACCAAAGGAAAAGGAAGUUUUAAACUUUUUUACCUAAUCAGCAACAUCAAUAAUUUUAAAAAUUGUUAUCAUCAUGCUACCCUAUAUACAGUAGGGAUGGUCAAACAGUGUCAUACUAUUUGUAAACUGCUUUUCACUCACCCCUUACCCAUCUGACUAUACAUCGCUAUUCAAUUUAUAUUUGAGAUUUUAAACUCUCAUUUUCCUCCAGGUGGCUCCUAGAAUCUUGUGCUAAAGUAUGCUCUACAAGCCUGUCUUGUUAUCAGGUGUUUUUUCUUUUCCUUUCACAAUCCCUCUAUGCAAAGUUAUCUGAUCUUAUGCUAUCAAAAGACACUUUACUAACUUAAGGAGUUGUAAAGUGUUGAGAUCUGAUACUUUCUUUCCUAACAAUGUAUAAAACAUAUCAAAAACAACUGGAGAAGGCUUCACAUUUGCCAGCUUCUCAUUGGCAGAAAUGAUCUGUGCCACAAAUGGUCUCUUCACCCAGCCUGACCGGAGGAUGACCUGUCCCUAGGGAUGUUCUCCUAAAUCCCCAUUAGCUUGAACUUCACACAGUUCAUGAAUCAUCAUGUAUUUUAAUGCAUUUGGAAAUUUGAAAAAAACAGUACGUAUUCAUUGUGGUAGUUCUGAAUAUUCUUUGACCCAUGCAAAUCUACUGUCUCGAUUCACAAUCUGCUUCCACCCUCUAUGGUUUUCUAUUUUAUAUAUUCUUUUUAUCUUUUCUGUAUUUGCCCAUUCAAAUACCACUGCACUGGCUUCUGGGAGCAGGUCAAAGCAAUACAUAUGUGUAGGUUUCUUCUUGUUAGCCCGAAGGGUAUGCAGAGAUGUCUGUUGGAGCUGAGGUGUUCAUAGUGAUGGCUGCCUUUUCUGACUCAUGCACUGCACUCCCAUGAUACCCAAACACUUCUGUUUGGAAGCUUAGCUAAAGCAUGCAUGACAUUCUGGUUUUCAUUGAAUUAAAAACUUCAUUUAAUUAGGAUGUUCUUUCUUGUAGCAGGCAUAGAUCAUUUAUAGCAUCUGUACUUUUCUACUUCUGUAUUUUUGAGCUGCCAGAAAGGUAUUGGGCAAAAUACUAAUUUGUAAUGUCUGAUACUUGGGUGUUUUUGUACUUCAGGUUUUAAAGUAAGGCAGAGAUAAUGCAGUUGUGCUAUUUGUUGAAAACAAAUUGAGUGUGAAUGGAAAUUCUACACUAUGUUUAUUUCAUUUCAUACACCAUGGCACUGCAACUUGGCUGAGAUUGAGCAUUACAGUAUUUGAGAUCUCUGACAGUUCUUCACAAUCUUAACUGGCAAACUCAUUACCUAUGACGUACUGGCAUAUGGGACUUUGACUUCUCUUCACCACUCACACUGCACAUUCAAAACAUAACAUAGAUUGUAUUUUUUUUUUUUUUUGAGAAAUAUCAUUGUAGUUAUUUCCAGAUGCAUUCGUAGAUGUGCUUGAGGAUGCUUUGCUUAAUUUGAGAUAUCAAGAUGGCUCAAGAGAGCCAAUCCCUGUCAGGGAUUGUUUGAUGGAAGGAGCACAGGUAACAUGGGAAAACAUUAAAUGCUACUUAUUUCAUGGCCUGUUCCAACAUGGGUUGUGUGGUGUGUAUAUUGUACCAACACAUCUCCAUGCACUGUGUAUAUCUCAGAAGGAUAUGUGUGACUCUACUGUGUGUGCACAUACAGAGAGAUGUACCACAUCUAGAGCAAUGUUAACAGAAGUAUGUACAAACUUAUGCUAAAUUGUCAGCCAUGGUAAACAUUGCAUUUGAUGCCGCAUCAGUUGUAACUGGACAUUGAAACUGUGCUUAAGUCUCCUCUGCUUAUCUGCAAGAAAAGUUUCCACAGCUUUCCUUAGUGCAUAUAUUUUACAAUUGUAUUGUCCUUAUUUCUUGAUAUGGUGUUUUCAGUGUAUUGAGGUGGCUUUUUAGACAUUACCCAAAAUUUAGAAAUGCAUGAACAUAUUUCACUUACUGAGCUAUUGCAUCAAGGCUGCACUAGGUUUAACAUUACCCAAACUCACACUGCCUUUUUUUCAAAUAAGAAGAAAAGGCCUCUCUGACUAGAUUCUGCUAGGUUUAUGUAAGAAAAUUCUAUGUCCAUGCGAACAUCACUGCCAGUUUCUCAAAGUUGGAAGAGAAAUCCAGUCACUAUGAAAACAGUUGGAGGCAAAUGUCACAAACACAGCAAGUCACAACUGCAAAGUCUAUGUGGUAAGAACAGCACUCCUUCCAUUAGAAAUUAGAAGAAAAAAAAAUUACCAUCUUCCCUCAUCCCAUCCUAGUGCUCUGCCCUUUCUUUUGCAUAGUAUAAUGGUUUUCAUUUGCCAGUCCCAUGGGUGGAAUUUUCCAGGCUUUAAAAACCUCAUUUGCCUGGUAAGACUAAGAAAUACCCACUAUAUCUAGGUCAUUCACCCCCUUCUGAGUUUUCAAACAAUAAAACCUUGACUGUAUGAUGCUGGCUUAAAGGAGUGUCUUAUGAAAAUGAUGAUAAAACCAUUCAAUCUAAUGGUGGUGAGGAGAGGUAAAUUUUUUUCCAAGCUAGUGAAGCUAUAAAAUUUAUGUAACUUGGCAGAAACUGUGGAAAAAACCCCAAGACAUUUAAAGGCUUUAUGGAUGUGCACAUCCUCCUUGCAUAAGGGUGAAUAAACAUAUAAACAGUGCCCAAAAAAGUUCAGUGUAUGAAUGACUCUGUGAGCCAACAGCACACAUCACCAUCAGCCACACUGUUGGCAGAGCACCCUGACACCCCACUCAGGCCUCCUUGAAGAGAUCCUUAUUAUAGCACUCUAGGACUAAAUAAUAAGCCCUUAAUAUGUAAGCAGGGCUUGUUUGUCUGGGUGCAUAUGCAUUUUCCAGGAAUUUUAUGGGAGAUUCUUUCUCGCUCCUGGACUAAAGUUAAAUAACUUUUCACUUUCUGGAAUGAAAUCACUCUGGAAAUGAGCUGGUAUUCAUCACUCAACCAUGCCUAACAGUCAGAGAAGCACAGGAUAUUAUUGUGCUAGCAGAACUUAAAUUUAUUUUUCAAUUAAUUCAUACAGGUAUAGUUAAUUUACUGAAAAUACUCAAAAGAUCUGAAAAUUUUUUCACUAUUAUGUAAAGUCUCUGGACAAUAAUCUGAUUCCUUAUGUAGUUUCAAAACAUCCAGUCUCCUUGAGCCUAUUUUUCUUCAGUAUUGAAAUAUUUGGGUAACAAAGCAACUGCAGUCACUCCUGAAAUACUACCUGCUCUAGAGAUGCCAAAGGGAGGAGGAAAUUGCCAAAUAGCCUUCCUUAAUUUGUGCUUAAUGUGUCCACAUUAAGAAUUAUAAUUACCAUUGUGGCACAGACUAAAUAACACCAUGGGGCAAAAGGAAUGAGCCAAUUUACUUUGAACCCUACACAGUGCUGCACUCUGCUUAUGCAGAUACAUCACAAGGCCUGUGCUGUAUUUCCUCAUGCUCAGUACUUUUCUCCACUCAUUACUUCUAUCCUUCACAGAGAUCACUCCCCUCCUAUUGAAAUACCUAUCACAUAGAUUUAUUGAAUAUACCUAUUGAAUACCCUCUGCCAUCAAUAUAUAAAUAUGUCAUUUCUUUGCAUCUGCAAAGCUAUAUGGAAUCAGAUAUAGCUGGAGUUAGGCAGCUUUUAUCCUCCAAUGGCAUGCAUUUUUCUGAUCCAGAAAUAUAUUCCAUUUGCUUGCCUCAUAUUGCCAUUAAUGAUGGUUUUUUUACAAGUGAUAUUAGGACCAAAAUUUUCCAUGCUUCAGGCUGUAGAAGUAUAUCUGAGUGAAACUUUUGUUCCUUUAUUCAAAAUGAAUGUGAUUUCUUGGCCAUAGGAUAAUCUGAACAAAAUCCUCUGUGUGAAGGAUAGAACAGGAUUUAUCUCCUUCUCUGCCCCCGCCCUUCACCAAAUAUGAUGGAAGGUCCUUUCAGGUCCUUUCACUUGUUUUCAAAUCAGUGCAGCUACAUUACGUAGUUGCAUAUUUCUCCUGCUGUGAGACAGGAAGGAUCAGCUUGAAAAAUGCCAAGAGACUUAAACUAAUGUGCACAGGUGCCACUUUUGGUUUUGUUUGAUGUUGGGUUUUAGUCUUUGCAAUGUGUAUUGACUGACACAGAAUCCAUCAUUAGAGAAAUAUAAAGACUAAGGAUGGACAGCUGCUCUCAAAAGGAAGAUGCAUAAGGAUGGAUCAUGGAAGUCCAUGUACCAAGUGCACACAAGAGCUCUUAGUCAAAGCUGUAAAAAGCCUGAAUUACAAUUUACUGCUUUCCAAAAGAAGUAAGAAAAUUAUAAAUAUAAUGUGAAGUUUUUCAGUUGUAAGCUGUAGGUGUUAGAAGAUGUCAGUGAAGAUGUCAUAUUUUUAAUAUGAAUAAUCCCUGGGUUUCUAGACAUGUCCCAUCACCCAGGUGCCUCUUAACUCAAUUCCUCCUGCCUCAAAGCUGACCAGCAGUCAUGGGACUUUUGCCUCACAGGAAGUUGAAGCUGAACUCCUGCCCCUGCCACCCCCCAGCAGGAAGGGUGUGGGCCACACCAGUCAAGCUGUUACAAGAAAGAGCCAUAAGCUUCCUGCUUCUAUUUGGAGAUAGCGGGUAUUUUUGUGAUAGAAAUAGAGAUAACAUUGCAGGAAUCUGAUGAACAUAUUUUAUGUGUUUCCUGAUAUGUUCCUAUUACUUGAAAGCUUUCUGUUCUGCUGGUUAUGGAGCAAAACAAGGCCCAGAGACAAUAUCUGAAUACAUAGUUUUAUGGCUUGACAAUUUUAAAUAAAUUGACUUUUUCCCUGUUGCAUUCAGAUUUUGAAAUAUAUGAAGAAAUUUCAUGCAGUACUUGUCUCAGAAAUAGACGUCAUUAAAAAGAAUUUGGAAUUUUAUGCCUUAUAAAACUGAUUUUCUUGAUCAAAACCAGUAGAGCUGAAUGUACUGUAAAUUCAUAAAACAAAAGGAAACAGUUGGAAAGAACCCCUCAACUUCUGCUGUGUAAAAAGACAGUGCUUGAGCAUUCACUCAAAAUCUGGUGUCUAUUGAUCUAGUCAUAGCUACCCAUUCUGGGACUAGACAGAACAUUAGCAUUUUUUAAAUUAUUGGCCAAGUUGAUCUUUUUUUGCUACACCUACCUUACUGUGCAGCAAUUUUUCUGCCGUGUAAUUAAAUUCUAUGUCUUGGUAAACACUCAGAAAGAAUAAUUGGCCCUAGCUCAUAUUGACAGCAGUUUGCAAAACACUAGCACAGUAAUUGGAAGAGUACAGGCAGAUAGCGAUGAAGAGCAAUCGUUUUCCUUGGCUUCAGUGUUGUAGAGGAGCUUUCCCUUUUGCAUCUGAUAAAAGAGAAGAUGUACUGAGAGAGACUCAAAUGCUUUAUUCUCCUCUCUGGCAUGACUGCCACCAUUGCAGUCCUGAGGGCAGAAGGUGGAUGGAUGCGUGUUGGUAGAAAAAUCAAUGCAUCAGUCCAGGUCAAGUGUCCCACGAGAGCUCACAUUUCUCCUUUCACUGCAUGGGUAUCAGCCCAAAAUGUGUUGUCAAAACUUGGCUCCCACUGAACUAUCACGGUGGAACAUUGUGCUCUUAAGAGAUUUUCUCCUGCCAAGAUGCUUUAACACCUUUUUUUUUCUUUUUUUUUUUUCUUUUUCUUUUUUUUUUAACUCUCCACAGAAAACUAAUCAGGUGGCACCUUCCCGUGUGGAAAUUUCCUUGCAAAUACAUUACUCUAAUCUACAAAUUAUUUUUACCCUGUAUGCCCCUGAUAACAAUUGCAUUAAUAUAAGAAGAUAAACUCAUUCCUUUAGUUGCUGCUCAUAAAGUGGCUUGCUAGUUAAGAUAAAAACAAAUUAUAGGAUGUAAAAGACAUAUCUGAUUGUACAGUAAUACACUGUGUGCCAAGCAGUCGGUGAGGUAAGGUUUACAUAACUGCUAGAUGUUGGUUGAACUUUUGAGAUAUAUUUCCAUGUUAUUUUUUCCUCUCAGGAGCCAAAACAGGGGCAGAACACAGAACAAUCAAUUAAGAGAAAUGUAAUUGUUUUGAUUGAAGUAAUUUGAGAUUACAAGUUACAAGAGAGGCAAACAAUCUAGAAAGCAUUUUGAAGUCUUCAUGAUGUAGAUGCUUUCCUUCAGGGAAACUGUCCUUCCUUUCAGUGUGGGAGGACUCCCCUUAGGUGUGGAUUUGUAGAAGGAAAUGUUGAUUCCAGUCAUAUACUACAAUAUUCUUUGACUGCUAUUAAUUCACUUAAUGACCCAGUCUGUUGCUCAGUGAUAUUGCUCUGUGCUCUCCUAGCGACGGUGAAAAACAGCCUUUUCUGGGGGUUGAUCCAAGACCAGCUCCAGCUGGCUUUUCCAGAGGGAAAGGUUCCCUCUGUGCUUCUGAAAUGAACAUUUUUCCCCAGAAAAGCAGGAGGCAGCCAGGCCCCUGCACCAUAGUGUUGGGCUGGACUGUGUGGCCUCCCUUCAGCAUAACAUACCUUCACUUGUGUGCCCGCACCUUGCACUCCCUGGGAUGAGUCUGCAAAUAAAUUCUCUUAGAAAACAUAGAGCAAACAGAGCAAACCACCCCCAGCCAUCCAUUUUCAUACAUAUAUGUGUGUGUGUGUGUGUGUGUGUGUGUAUACACAUAUAUAUCUGUAUGUAUGUAUGUAUGUGUAUCUCCUUCCAGUUCCCUUCCUCCUUCCUGCUGCCCAAUGACAGCAUAUUCAAACAACAAAAACAGUGGCUUCUAAAAUAAUUUUCAGCUGAAUUGUAGACUGCAGUGGUCUUUAUUACCAAUAACAUUAGAGAAAAAUGGAAAUGGGGAAUUGCACAGCUCUGGCCUGUUUAUGACUCCUUUUCUUCCUUUCUCAUUUAAAUGAUGUACACAGAACAUUUAUUUGUUUGGAGGAAAGAUUGUGGAUUACUGGUGCAGCAUUCUGAUAGGUAUUUUAACAUAUUCAGAGAAGAGAAAAUUCAGUCUCACAAAUAGACAUCUUGGAUUUCUUUUUUAUUUCUUACCAAAUUAAUUGCAGUCAGUUUAAGACCCACCUCUGCGCAAGUGUCUUCCUGUGUAUUUGACAGAUGAGCAACUUUGUCACAUGUGCCAGUUUGUUAAAAUUUCUUCCUUUAUCUGUUUUCUUACUAAUGGUUUCUGAAUUGACAAGCCUUUGCCUUUUUGUUGGUGCACAGAGUCAGUUUCCACCAGCCUUAGUUUAAGUUAUCAGGAGUGAUCCAGCCACAGUAUGAAUUUCUUCCAUCUUACCUUAUUUUACAGCUUGAAUUAGACCCUUGGAAUUCUCAAUUGUCACAUACUCAAUAGCCAAGGAGUUUUGGGAAAUGUUUUUAAUCUUCAUAAUAUUAAUAAAGUAACCAUGUGCAUAUAAUUGAAGUGUUAAAAAUGCCAAUCCAUAAUCCAUCCCGUUACAUAAAAGUACCAUAUCAAAUACAUUUUCCUAUUAAUUGAGGAGGCAAAUAUGCCGGUGCAUAGCCAGGGCUAGCUAUGGAGUCUAUAAUGACAUCUCAUUCUAAACAGAUAUUCUUCAAAUAUUUCAUUAAAUGAUUUGACCUAAUUCAUCCUGGCUAAACAAACUUAGUUUAGUUCAAUCCCGCUGUUAAGCUCUCUUCCAAAUUUUCAUUAGCAUCAAUGGAAAUUCUAGAAAGAGCAGAUAAAUCAGUCUCUCAUUAUAGGACAGAUAAAUAACACUUUGGGUUUAUAUUUCUAGCUGAUAUAUGUAAUCAAAUUAUUUAAAAUAUAAACACUCAAAGCCUGUUCUUACCCUCAGGGAACCCCUUUAUCCCACUGCAGCAAAGCUGCAUAUAGCAGGAUAUAUUCCACUAAUACAGUCAAAAAUAUAUGGGUGUAUAAGAAUAAACAGCUUAAAAAAUCAUACUGUAAAUGAUGUGAUUGAGUGAAACUGUAUGUAUAUUUUUAAGUCUUCAGAAUAGUUGAAGUUUUAACUUAUUUCAAAUUUUUAAGUUGAAAUCUAUUCAUAUUUGGAAAUUUUGUACAACCUUGUAAAGUUAAAUACUAUGUCACUGUAAUUUAUUUUUGUUGUCAUAUAUUGACACAUGCUCAUUUAUAUAUGAAGUGUACUGUUUAUCAAUUGCUUCUA